UGCAAAGAACACCUCCAUAAGCUAUUCAAUAGAUGGCGCUAUAAACAGUGGAGCAACAAGGUAUUUUAGCACAACGGAAAUCGUUACAAAAAGAAUUUUAAGAGAAAGGUCAACAUACACAGAGACAGAAAAUAUAGGAGUUUGCGUCUUCAACGGCUUUUGGCGAAAUCAGCUGCGCUGCGCAUGUAAUUUUAUAACUAAAAGAGGUUAUGUACUUUUCCGGUUUUUCAACUUAAUACAAAUACAAUAAACAAUGAGUGAAGAUAAAGAAAGAAAUAUCACCCAACCUGAUGAUGCUCUAGCAGAAAAAGCGCCUGACGUUGUUACAACUCUCCCGGAAUCAAUCCCAAUUACUCCUAAAUCUAUUCUCAAUGUUAAUGAACAAAAAGAAAUAACCGUUAAUGAUCCAGACAUUAAAAAUGAUAAUGUGGAAGAGCCGAAGGAAUCACAACAAUCAGAUUUAAACGAUACUUCUAACGGAGAUUCCGAGUCGAAUAUUAAAAAUAAAGAGUUAAAAUCGCUGAUGCAAUUAACGAAGGAAGCUAAUUUAAACAUGAGUAUACCGGAAAAGCUUGAAUCAAAACGAUUAAUGCGUUCCCAUAUCGCUGAAAUAGGGGUAAAUAAACCUAAAGGGAAGCCAGGGCAAGGCCCCAAUAUCCUUGAGAAGGAUGACGACGCGUCAUUUAUAGAAGGAGGUGGAGGUAAAAAGAGAAAGAGAGAUAGUUCAUCUGAUUCAAUGAUAGGUGGCGCUGUCGACGGUCAAAAUAAGGAGUUAUUAAAGGCUACAAUGGAACUUGUUGAGAAAAAUAAGGAUGGUUUUUGUUGGAAAUGCCAUCGUGAUGGGAUCACGAUUUCAUGUACGACUUGUCCGAGGUCUUACCAUUCUAAGUGUCUUAAGAAUAUCUCCACAACAACUCAUUGGAUUUGUCCGGAAUGUACGAGUAUCUUAACAGCUGAAAAUACGAAAACUAGGUCGCCAGCUUUAAAAGAUAUGCCUCUGGGACAUCUAUGUAAAUUAUUAAAAUUUGCACUUAAACGAAUGGUCCAAAUUAACGAUUCGGAGCCGUUCGUCUCCCCAGUAAAUGAAAGCGAAUUCCCCGAUUAUCGUAAUUACAUCGUUCAACCAAUGGAUUUUACAAUGUUAGAGAAAAACAUUAAGUCAAAUUCGUAUGGAAGUACAAAAGCUUUUGAAGCGGAUUCAAAAUGGUUAUUACAUAACAGCAUUGUUUUCAAUUCGAUUAUUUUAGGCCAAUCAAAAUUAACAACUGUGGCUAAAUCGAUAAUAAAAAUUUGCAAACAAGAGAUGAUUGAAAUCGAAAAUUGCCCAACAUGUUAUUUAAAUGCAAAUACAAAAAAAUCGUGGUUCGUUGAAGUUUGCCCAAAACCGCAUCUUUUAGUUUGGGCGAAAUUAAAAGGCUUCCCGUACUGGCCAGCAAAAGUAAUGUGUACAAAUAAUCAAGGAUCGGUGGACGUUCGAUUUUUUGGGGCCCAUGAUCGCGCCUGGGUCUCCGUAAAAGAUUGUUAUUUAUAUUCAGUAAAAGAUCCGAACGCAACACACCAUAAAAAAGAUGAAAUUAAUGAAUGCGUCAAAGAAGUUGAAACAUAUAUUAAUAAUUUAAAAAAUGUUUAUGGCAAAUUUAAUUAUCCUCCGUAUAGAACGCCGUAUCAACCUGAAAAAAAUAUGGAACAACUUGAAAUGUUUCUCCCCAGCUACAAAAAUGAAACUAAAGCCGAGGAAAAUUCCCAACAUAAGUUGCAAAGUGAUGAAGAAGAUUGGGAGGUGAGAAAAUAUAUUGAAGAGGGUCGAAAUAUUAAGUCGCCUUCUCCAGAAGAUAUGACACCGAAAAGAGUGCCAAAAAAACCUUUAAAAACUUAUUCUUCUGAAGAUAUAAUUUCAAAUAAACGAUCAAGAAGAAAUAGCUUACAAAGUAAUUCAAGUAGAAUUUCGAAUAUUUCAGAUAAAACAAUAACUAAAAUGGAAAUUGAAAGCGAAGACGAAAAAAAGGAAAUUGGAAAGAUAAAAAUAAGCGAUAAAUUAAUUAAAAAAUUUGCACCAGAAAUUGACAUUAAUAAAAAAGAAGAAAAUUUUGCACCAAAAGAAACGAUUUUAGGAACAAUCGAUAAUGAUUUAAUGGAAAUAAAAGAAAAAGAAAAAAUUAGUACAACAAGGAAAGAAGAAAAAAUAAAUCCGAUUCAAAUUAAGAUUAAAGCUAUUACAAAUAUGAGAAAGCCGAAAAAGAAAUAUCAAAACGUUUUAAAAGUAGCUAAACCUAAGUAUAAAAUUGAAAUGGUUAAUUUGAAACAAGAUACUUUUGGUGAUGAUGAUGAUGAAGAUGAAGAAGAUAGUUUAUUAGAAGAAAUGUAUUCGAUUGAGGAGAAUCAAAUUGGAAAAGUUUCGAAAUCUAAAGUUAUAAAUGGAACUCCAAAGAGAAAAAGAAAUCAAAAUGUUCUCGAGUUUUCAUCGCCCAUUGAAAGUAAACUUUUAAAACUUGUUGAUGUUGAUUUAAUUAAAAAUCCUAAAUUACAUCCGUUGGAUAUACCUGGGCAUACAAUAACACCGAUUAUUAAAGAAAGAAAUAAAGAUGAUGUUGAAAAAAAUAAAGAUAAAGAUGAGGAAAUUCAAAUAAAAACUGAAAUUGAAUCGGAAGAUGAUGACUAUAAUGAAUCAACGGAGAAUUUUUUAAAUUUAAAUAAUGAAAAAGAUACGAAAAUUCAAAAAUGUAACGAAGAUAUUGUUAAAAGAGGAUCUGAAAAUUUAAAUAAAAAAGGAAAUGAAAAUUUUCCUAAACGAAUGACUGAAAAUUUAAUUAAAAAAGGCGCUGAAAAUAUAGUUAAAAAAGGAGUUGAAAAUGCUACUAAAAAGUUAACCGAAAAUAUUACUAAAAAAGUAAUCGAACAAAAUGAUAUUGAAAAAAUAAUAACGAAAGGAUCUGAAAAAGUAUUAAAACCUACAUCAUUAUUAAAACUCCCCAUGAAAAUUCCACAAACAUCUUUAUUAAAAACAAAACAACCUCAAAAAUCAACCGAAACAACCCCUACAAGUCUAAAUAGCGCUUCGAAAAUAACAACAACACCCGGAAUUGAUUCUGGGGGGAUGAUGAUUCUAACUCAACCGAAACCAUUUUUAAAUAACCAAUUGGUUUUACCACCGAAUCAAAAUAUAACAUACGGGGCGAAUUCGAUAUCGUUCGUGCAACACCCGCAAUUUCAAAAUUAUCUUAUCCCCACAUCGGCUAUAAAUGUCAGUUCGAUAUCACUUCCGGUUUCAAAUUCUUCAAUAACUACCACAACAUUGAUAACUAAUUUAACAACGACUUCAACAUCAACAUCAUUAAUAGCAUCAACAACCCCGACUUUUAUCAUUUCAAAACCGAUAUCGUCUUUAAAUCCUUCAAAAAGUAAUGUAAAUAAUAAAUCUUCGCCUGUUACAAUUUCAACGAAACCUUUACCACCUUUAUGUAGACCUCAAGUUUCGUUAUCUUCUCAAAUAACUUUAACAGCGAUUUCAAAUCCAACUACUACAAGUAAUAUCAAUAAUAAUAAUAGUAAUCCAGUUUCUGGUUCAAUUCCACCACCUUUAUGUAGUUUAACAACAACAACAGCUUCGAAUAUGUCGACCCAAGUUAUUUCGAGUGCUGCAACAAAUUCCUCUUUGAUAAAUACUACAAAUAACGGUGCUGUUUCACAAAAAGAUGAUGGUGUUGAUGAUUUUAAUUAUUUGAGUGGUUAUAUUCCGGAAAAGUUGAUGAAAGCGCUAACGGAAACGACGAGUCGACCUCCGCCGCCGUUGUUAACAGCAAAACCAACAACUAAUAAUACUUCGAUUUGUGAACGGAUUACAAAUUCAACUGGACCAAUUGCUAUGAAAAUAAAUUCUGCAACUCAUAAGUUAACAGAUUAUUUUCGUGAAACUAUGAUAAAAUUCUUAUCCGAAUUCUCAACAACAUCUGAUUCCUCUUCAACUGUAGAAGCUGAAAUAGCUCUCCUAAAACUCGAAUUGGAGAAUUUAAAACAACAACAUAGUAUGGAAAUAUUAGAGAUGAAACAAAAUCUUCAAACGAUUUUAAAAGAGGUUCAUCGAAAUUUCACGGAAGAACGACAAAGGGCUGUUGAUGAAACACGGAGAGAGUGCGAAUUGGACGCUCAAAAACGGAUCGAGGACGCCAAAUCGAAACAGUGGUGUUCCGUUUGUGGGAAAGAAGCUCAAUUUUAUUGUUGCUGGAAUACGAGUUAUUGCGAUUAUCCCUGUCAAAUAAAACAUUGGCCCACACAUAUUGAUAGGUGUACGCAAAGUUGUGUUAAAACCGAUGCUGCGACGACCGGAAAUGGAAAACAAAGUGUUGCCGGAAAUGUUGCUGGUAAGAAAAGCGGUGGGUUGAGUAAACUUACAGUUUCAACAGAGAGCAAUUUUACCAGUGCCAAUAAACCGAAAGUUUAUUCAAAUCCUAAAACAUCUGUACAAAAUAAAACAUCAAAUUCAUCUAAAGUGGUCACUCAGCUAUAAUUUUGUUUGUAAUGUUAAGUUCAAAACCAUACUUCUUUUUCUUCGACUUUCAUACAAUUCAUAUAAGAGUUUAAGAAUACCUGAACUGUACCAAGUUUCAGCGUGAAAAAUGCUGAAAUGAAAACCAAGAUUGAUUUCUUUGUUUAAAACAUUUUUAUAAGCGAUUUAUAAUCGCCAAUUGGAAAAAGAAAUAAACAUAAACGGUGAUAUUAGGAUUAGGCACUGAAGGCUUCUUUCAACAUUGUAAAUAUUACACUUAAUGCUAUAUGUUUAGAUAAACAUAAUGAUUAAAUGAAA